AAAAUUUAUACACAAUUUUUAAUGCUCCUUAAACUAAAACGCCUAGGACCAUUUGGACUCGGUAGGCUCCUACAGAUACAAAGUAGGCUUGCAACAAAUCAAAACCGAAAAAUGAGCACAAGUAAAAGUGGGGCCGAUGACGAGACGGAUCUCGUUUGGAUGGAUCUGGAGAUGACCGGCCUCGACGUAGAUACGGACAAAAUACUGGAGGUUUCCUGCAUCAUCACCGACAAGGAUCUCAACAUCAAGUCCGAGGGACCCUGCUUUGCCAUCAACUACCCAGAGGAUGUCUACAAAAACAUGAACGAAUGGUGCAUAAAACACCACAACGAGUCUGGCCUGAUCGACCGUUGCCGGAGCUCUGAUGUAACUCCCGACAAGGCGGGUGAUCUAGUGAUGUCCUACCUGCAGAAAAACAUCCCCAAGGGCAAGUGUCCCCUUGCCGGCAGCUCUGUCUACAUGGAUCGGCUCUUUAUCAGGAAAUACAUGUCGCCCGUCAACGAAUAUUUACACUAUCGAAUUGUGGACGUUUCCACCAUCAAGGAGCUGGCCAAGAGAUGGUACCCCGACAUCGCCAAAGCAGCGCCGCGCAAGGUCUUUGCUCACCGGAGCCUCGACGACAUCAUGGAGAGCAUUCAAGAGCUGAAGUACUAUAAGGAGCAUUUGUUUAAGUGACCAAUACCAAUAAUAAUCGCUUUUGUGUAAGUGUAAAAAAAUCGUUUAAUGACUUGUGCGGAUGUGCAGACAAAAGCAAAACUCUAUUAUAAGACAUAAGAAUACGAUUACAAUAAAAAACUCGAUUUCCUAGUAGA